ACAUAACGAAUAGUAGCUGGACUUUCCCCGCCUUAUAAUCUCGGGGUCUAAUUAGUGAUAAUCGACCAAAUUUAUUCAGCCUUUUUAGUCACUCACGUCUAGAUUCUGGGAAAUUUAAUUUCCAACACCAGUUGUUACUCCGUCGGCACAAAGAGCUAUCAAUUGCCUCGAAUAGGAGGCUUGCAACUACUCGAUAUGGAUCCUCAAGAAGUCAAGACGGGCCUUCUCUCUGAUCGCUGCGAGGGCAGUGUCCCGACCGGUGAUGAGUCCAAAUCUCAUCCAGCCGAGGAUGUCUCGGUAGCGGUAUCUCCUAACUCUAGCAAGAAAUCCAAGGGAUCAAAGGGUGAUAAGAAGACUGACAGCAAGACCGGGAAGAAGUCCAAGAAGGUCAAGUCCAGUAAGUCUAAGAAGGCAUCUCGCGUUGAAGAGAGCUCUUCUGCUAGUAGUGAGGAUGAGACUACCUUCUCAUCCUCAUAUGAGCUCACCGAGUCCGAGGCCGAAUCCGAGGCGGAGGAGAACUUGAAGAAAAAGCAAUCACAGAGAAAGCGUCAAGAUCCCCGAAAAUCAAAGAAGAAGCCAUCCAAGUCGUCUAAGACAACAAGAAAAAGUGGAAUGCCAAAAGCCAGAGACACCGAAGUUGAUAGUAGUGAUUCAAACAUCGCGACCGAUGGCAGCUCAGAUUUCGAUGACGAGGACGUCGGUGGAGGUGACGAUAGAAAGAAAUCUAGCAAAGCAUCCCUAGAGCAAGAACUCACACAGGUACGACUACAAAUGCAACAAAUGCAACGUCAGAUCGCCGCUUUUGGUCUAUCCGGUGGCCAAUCUGGACUUAACGCUUCUGGUUUCAAUCAAAGCCCUCUUGGAGCAGGUGGUCUGACAUCCACGGGGGGCUUACACCACUACGCCAAUUUGGGUGGAAAUCUAGGCAACCUCUACAGUGAUCCGCUAGGAUCAAAAUACAAGAGUUUCCGUGUUGGUCGUGAUAAUGGCAUUGGCCGGGGCAGUUACAAGAAGUCUUCCAAGCUUAAGAGCGGACGAAACGCCAAGGCACGUCGCCUAGAGUUCAAGCGCGUGGAUCAAGUUUGGGAUUCACAGAUCCAUAACUACAAACUUCAGGAUACGGCUGAAACCAUUAACAACUCUCAAUAUGACGAAUACAUCUUCCACGUGCGAAGAACUUUCGACUGGGAGGGAAAGUACAAGGCCACCAUCAUUGACAUCAAGAGUAAAGAACUUCGGGAGGCGCUUCAAGACGUUAUUGGUAAUGUCAAAGGCGUUAGCCUAGUCGAUGAGACCCCUAAGGUGGAUCCGAAGAUGUUAUUUCUAUAUCUCGAGGAUAUGCGAGACUAUAUGAACAACCUCAAGGAGCUUGAGCCGGAAGGAGACUCGCGGAAAGAACGCAAGAAGGUACAAAAGUGGAUCGACGAGAAGCGGCGCCAUCUCCGAGUUCUUAUCAAGUAUCUAGAUACAGAUCACGCAGAAACGAAGAAGAGCUUGUAUCCCAUGCUGGAGAACGGGCUGAUCACAUUCGAUCUGUUGUGGGCUUUGUGGAAGCCCAACACUCUUGCGUACACUACCACGUACGGCUGCGUUGACCAGCCUCGUGUCUUCAAGGUAGAUGUAGCCGAGAGCCAUUGCUCCAUAAUGAGAGGAGAUUUCUAUCAUAUUGAAGGAAAGUACCUCGAGUACGACGGCAAGCAAUUCGGAUUCGGUGGCAUAUCCGAGGAGAUACCUGAUUUCCGAGGAGCUCGCAAGAUCACUAGCCUCGGAUGCUAUCCGCUCAAAUACCACAAGAACGAGGCCCAACUACGCAAAGACCUCAUCGAGCGUGGCAAGAAAUUUGUUAGUCUUGGUGGCAUGCACUACAAAAGCCACCAAGGCAUGGCCUAUUAUAAGAAAAAGAAGGUCAUAAUCAAGGUCAAUGUCAAUGGCCGGAUCAUGGUAGAUCCAGCUAUCCACCGUCGCAUUAACCCCAACUAUCCCGUUUCCCACGUACGUCCUAAAGAUCACGACGUGCUAAGCGAUGACGAGGACAGCGACGAAGAAUGCGAGGGCUGCUGCGAUUCAGAUGAUGACGGUGGUGGUGAUGUCACUACACUGGAGCAAAUUCAGGGAGAAGGUGAUGAAACCAGCAAAGUGGAGUUUGUGAUCAAGGUAUACAAAGACAGCAAGGGCAAUAUUCGAACUGAACGUGUUGCCAAGGAUUCUAUCGAGACCGAUGUUCCAAAGGAAAGCCUCGCCCAAGUUCCGGCUAAAGAUGAAGGUAAAGGUGAAGCAGCCAAAGAUGGAUCAGAGAACGAUACCGAAGGCGAUAAACAUACUACCCCGGUCUUCACCGACGAGGAAUACCUGAUUGCCUCGCCGGUCGUCUUGGGGUUCGCUUUUGCCGAGAAGCUUUGGCUUGAGUUAACCGUGUCUGGCAUUAAGGAGAUUUCAUGGAACGAGCAUGCCUAUGAAUCGUUGGUCUUACAACCCAACACCAAAGAGAUCGUUAAGGCUCUUGUCGAAUCACACAAGUAUCACCCUGCCGAGAGUGUGGACGAUGUCAUCCAAGGCAAGGGCAAAGGGCUUGUGGCUGUCCUGCAUGGUCCGCCAGGUACCGGCAAAACACUUACGGCAGAGGGCAUAAGCGAGCUCCUCAAAUGCCCGCUGUACAUGGUUUCGGCAGGUGACCUAGGAACGGACUCACGUUACCUCGAGGCAGAAUUGCAGAAGAUAUUGGACAUUUGCCAUGCUUGGGGUGCUAUCUUGCUACUGGACGAGGCAGAUGUCUUCUUGGAGAAACGAAACAUGCAUGACAUACACAGAAAUGCUCUUGUCAGCAUAUUCUUGCGCCAAUUGGAGUACUUCCAAGGCAUCUUAUUUCUGACCACCAACCGCGUGCAGACAUUUGAUGACGCGUUCCAAUCGCGGAUUCAUAUAGCACUGAGAUACGAUGAUUUGGACAUGAAGGCCAAGAAGGCAAUCUUUAAGAUCUUCAUCGAGCGUGCGCGAGCAGUGGCAGGAGUCGAUCUCAUGCCGUUUGACGAAGCCGACUACACGAGCCUAGCUCGACACAAUCUCAAUGGUCGUCAGAUCAAGAACACAAUUGGCACUGCGCAAGCCCUUGCCGUCAACAAGGGUGAGCCCCUUAGCAUGCGCCACAUCCGCGAGGUGCUCAAUGUUCAGCAAAACUUUGAACAUGACCUCAAGGGCGGCCAAGGGUACCAGGAAGCUAUGCGUAGCUACUUUUAAUCAGGAACUCUAAUACCAGGUCGGUAGUGAGUGUCUUCUGUUACUAUAGUGACGAAGCUACGAAGGGUGUGAUGAGAUGCGAGUACCUAGUUACCUAG